AUGUCUUUUGGGUGGUCCGUUAGUGACUUGGUCGCCGCCAUUAAAAUCGUGGUGCAGAUUGGCGCUGCGCUUAAAGAGACGGAUGGUGCACCGGCAGAAUACCAGAAAUCUGGCGACUACCUGGAGUUGGUUGCAAGCGUUCUUACCAAGCUCAGAGAUUCUCCGUCGACCGCGACGCAGGCUGACGUGGAAGCUCUAUUGACACACAUAACCACCUUCCACAAGAAGCUGAAGAGCAGAUUUGAGGAAGCAUUGGGAAAGAAGAGUAAGAAGGAUUGGAAGAGCUGGAUCAGCCAUGGUCCCAAGAAAGUCCAGUAUGCACUCUUUGUUGUGGGCCAAGUUCAAGCGCUGCGUGACAGCGUCGAUAGUCAACUCAACUCGAUCGCGCUGAGUUUGGGACUAGAGACAUUCAGUAUAAGUCUCAAAAUCUACGACCGUGCGGAAGAAGAGCAUGCUCGUCGGAAGAAAGCUGAGAACGACAAACUGCUGGCAACCGUCUUGCGGUGGUUAGAUCCUCUUCCAGUUCGCGACACGUACGAAGAAAUCCUCGGAGGAAUGGUUGAUGACUCCUGCAAGUGGUUAUUUGAUAAGCCGGAGUACGUUCAAUGGGUCGAUCAGUGUCAGGAUGGAGGACAAUUGCCGAUCUUGUGGGUGAGCGGGAUACCUGGGGCAGGGAAAACAAGGCUAGCAACCCUAGCUAUCCAGCGGCUGCAGACAUAUGGGAAUGUGGCUUACUUCUACUGCGAUACGAAGGAAGAGAGCAGACGACACGUUGUCGGGAUUUUGCGAACGUGGACCUGGCAAUUGCUGGGGAAGGAUCCAGGACAACUCGACAACAUUGCGAAGAUCAUGUGGGCAGGUGCCGCUCCGAAUGAGACUAACAUGACAGAAAGUCUCGAGUGUCUUCUCUAUGAGGGGUGUGGCUGCACUCUGGCUCUGGAUGGGCUCGACGAGUGUGAGUUAGGAACAAGGAAAAAGCUCCUUCGCCUUCUAACCGUCUUCUCAACGCACACGAAAGUCAUUGUAUUCAGCCGAGAACUCAGCGACAUCGGAUCAAGUCUCUGCGACCCCUCAAGGCGCUUUAAACACUUUCAUGUUACCGAAAGUGACAAUGAAUCCGACAUAAAGCACUUUCUUGAGGAAAAGGUCCACAACCUGGAUUUGGAAGAUGAUAAUCUGAAGGAAGAGAUCAUUGCAUCCUUGCUAUCUGGGGCAAAAGGGAUGUUCUUGUGGGCUGCGCUUGUGGUUCAGGAGCUUUCUGAAACUGCCCUAUUUUUAGCCGACAAUGAUGGAGAGGUGUUGCGAGACAUGUUGAGAGACCUCCCAGAGGAUUUGGAGGACUUGUACAAUCGACUUUUAACCACGCUUGCAACCGCAAAAUCCUGGCAACUGUCACGUAGGUUUUUCCAGUGGCUUGCUUGUGCCUCAAGGCCGCUAUCACUGGAAGAACUUGGCGUGGCAGCAAAAAUCGUCAUCGACGAAGUUGCAAUGAAAUGGCCUGUGAACGGCAAAAUAAUCAAGUCCGUACUCUCCGAGUGCUGUGGUCCUCUCAUAAAGUUCGAGGAGCUGGUUCCGGGCACUACGACGGUCAGCUUGAUCCAUGCCUCAGUCAAAGACUAUUUGCUUCGCCCCUGCCAGAAGGAUGUGGUAUUCAAACAGUUGCUUGUCGAUUCUGGUCAGACAAACCUGUUCCUCGCGCAAGCUUGUCUAACGUACUUGUGCUACGAGAGCGUCGGAUUUGCGCCUUUUGGGCCACUCUCUGGAGGAACUUACUAUGAUGGGGAAAAGUUUGCGCAGAUGGAACUCCUUUUUCAAGGCCACUUGAAGGCAUUCCCUUUCUUAGGCUACGCCGCGCUAAACUGGGAGGGUCAUUGCUCAGCCUUUUUAGCGUGGUAUCUGGGCUCUCCUGAGCCGACUCACUGCAUGUCUCUGGAGAAGUCUCUGAAGAGACUAUACGAAUCAGAUCGAAAUAUUAUCAGAUGGGUUCAGGCGUUUCAUCGUCUUCGUGGAGAUCGCGACUACUACCGUUCGAGCACGGCCACUUCUGACCUUAAGCUUAUUUACGGCCUCGCGAAAUCUCUGAAAGAAGACCUGGAGUUUCCUGGGUUGGCGGAACGGCUGAGCUCUUUAGAGGGCUCCACGCCAUGGGUUUGUGCCUAUGGUCGAUGGAAUCGCCUGUUCUAUUCAGGCGGCGCAAACGACUUCCUCUCAGAGUUACACCUCGCGGCUUUCUUUGAUCUCGAAGACUUUGUCAAGGAGUCCCUUGACAAGGGGGCUGAUGUUAACCUACCCACGCAUACAGGUCAGACGCUACUAACUAUGGCUGCUCGAGGGGACUCAGUGAACACGGCGGCGGUGCUUCUACAAUCAGGGGCCCAGGUCGAUUCCGGAAGAUGGAAAGGGACUAUUCCGCUUCAUUGGUCACUCGAGGUGAAUGACUGGGAGGUUACUAAAUCGGCAGAGCCCUUCCAUGUCUUUUCAUUGCUGCUGAACGCAGGUUCCGAUGCCUGCCACCAGGCUCAUAACGGAGAAACGGCACUCCAUCUGGCCUGCCAGCUAUCUUAUCCUGAUGAUCCGCGUAUUCUUGCAUUGGUGAAAGAGUUGUUGGAACACGGCGCCAGGAGAGUAAUCGAUGGUGUUCCCAUCCCUGGAGCUGAGUGGACUAAACCCUUCACACCGUUAGAAUGGGUUUCCCGGCGGGGCGCAGUUUCACUAAUGCGCCUUCUCUUGGACUCCGGUGCUACAAUAGAUUCGAGGAUUCUCCUUUCGGUAUGUGCAAACAGCAAAGUGGAUUUAGAGGUGGUCCAGGUCCUGCUUAAGGCAGGAGCAUCAGCGAAAGCUAAAGCUCUUGAUGGGCGUACUGCCCUUCAUAUGUCGGCACGAGGGAACGUUGAGCUGGCAAAUUUACUUUUCGAAAAUGGUGCUGAGGUCAAUGCCGUUGCGAUCGAUGGUUCCUUGCCAUUGCAUGACGCCGUGCGAGAACGAAACUAUCCUCUCAUAGAAUUGAUGUUGAAGCAUGGAAGCGAGUUUGAGAGAGAGGACAGCACCGGUCGAACACCGAUGGAGAUCGCUGUGGACAACGGAUAUUCCGAUGUCAUUGAGCUGCUGGUUUCGGCAGGAGCUAGCUGCGAAAGUGAACGUUGGUUGAUUGAGACACUGCAAGGACGUGUCCAAGUUCGUAGAAGAGACGGUGUUCGUUGGCCCCAGAUGCCGAAAGAUAUUUUCGAGGCCUUUUGGCUACUCCGGUAUCAUACCAGCCUCAAGAGCUUGCCCAGAUCAAUUACAGUUCGAGUCAUAGACAUGGCAGAGUACUGGAUGAAGUCAACCUGCUCUCGCGCAGAGCACCUAGUUCUUGACGAGGAGAAAGCGAACAAGGAGCCUUCGUAUUUGAGCAGCGCACCAAUUGUGGGCACGCGCAAAGCGCCAGUUCGACAAAUCGUUUUCAGUAUCUUCAGCCACGAUCAAGGAUUUAGUUCCUUCACGGAGGACCACGGGACCUAUGACAACUCAUGGACCUGGUUCGACGUUGACGCUGCCAAACAUGACGGCCAAUCGAUGGAUUUCGAAGGUGAGAGCCAGACGCUGAUAACCAAUGUGCAUGCAGGAGGCACAAGGCGAGAGCAUCGAGCUAUCUGCGGUGAUAAACCUGGUAUGCGCCAAACGGGAUGGAUGAGUAGGCUUGAGCCAGGCGAUACUGUUUCUAUCCGGGCCCGGGCGCGAUACCAGGGCUGGGUAAACUUUGUAGAAGAGGCUACUAUGGAAAUCUUCACAACCUGUUUAGUCGAUUAG